AUGGCGGGAAAACAGAAGCAGCGCUCGGCAAGCAAACGCAAGCGGGCGGCGGCGUGCGAUGAGUCGCCGGGCCAAGGACACAAGGGGAAGCCAUCGCGCACCAGAGCCAAGAAGCGAGCGCAAGCAAGCAACGACAAGGUGCCUCAACCGCGAGCUGUCCCAAGUCGCGCCAACAUGGAUUCAAACAAGACACGCAACCUCACUGGCGACGAAGCCACCCGAGCAGACGACCAGGAUGUUCAGAGUAUCAACGAUCGGCCAUCUACGGUUGGUCUACUCGUGAAGCACUGGAGCGAUAGCGAUUCGCCUCCUCCUUUUCGAAAGCCUGUGGCACCUCGUAAGGGACCAGCAGGUGCUCGCUCUAUCAGAGUGCCUACUUCGUCUUUGGACGGGGCUGGACAAACCACCAGCGGUGUCGCGUCGCCUGCCAGAAGUGAUGGCAGUUCAUCAAGUGUUUCGACGAAUUUAUUCUCUGGUGAUGAAGAUCCUCGUGGUGAUGGAGGUGCUGCAAGGCAGCAGCACGUUCCUGAAGAGCAUCGCCAGCCAACUGAAAGCCACGAAUCACCGCUAAAUGCCCAGCAGCAGGUCAACCAUGCUAGAAAAUUGAAACCAAUAAAAAAUUGGUCAUCGAACUUUGAGGCACCGGAGGCUGUGCUCGAUAGCUACUACGCCAACGAGGUGCACACAGCGCCCUACGGAACAAAUGGGGAACGGCUUGAGCGCUCCGUGGAGUACCUUAAAAGUGUUUGGGGGCUGACCGCUAACCCGCGUACCAUGAAAAAGUAUGUGGACGAGAUGCUUGACGCCCAUGGGCCUGAAGAGAAUGCCCUUGACGCUGAAACAGGUCGCGAGUAUGACCGCACCCUAAUCGAGGAGCGCAUCCGUGAAAAGCUGAACCUGAUGGUUGAAGAGCGACGGGAUUUCGUAGAGAUGGCUGAAGCAACAACUGAAAAGCGCAAGCGAGAGGAGAUGCUGCGCCAAGCCGGUCUCCGACACCGCGAAAAUGUCGCCCGCAGCGUCAUUGGUGAUCGUAUCACGGAGCUCGGAGGAAGACAGCAGCGACUCAGCAGUGACGGCGUUAUUGAAGAUGUUCCAGGUGAGGAAGCCGACAAUGACCAAGGCGGCCGUACCCAACGCCAGCGUAGAACCCCUCGACACCAGCAGCGCAUCGAAAAUAUGCUGGAGGAAGAUUUAUCCAGCAGAACAGACCUUGAAUCACCUCAGCUAGCGCUCGAGGAGAAACGGUUUGCAGCAGAUGUUGAGCUUAGUAUGCGCGUCUUGAGCUGCAACGUGAAGACGUAA